AUGGCAGCCAUCACCCGCCGUAUCCGUAUCCUUGCCCCGGCGGGCAUAGCCGGACGUUUUAUCACAGUCAUGAACAACUCGAUAGAUGAGAUGAAACACUUGAAGUGGUUUGAAGGGUGCCUUGAGAAUGCACUAGACCAAUUGUGCUCCGCAAUAUGCGACGGUGACAUCACCAGAGUUCGAGCCGCCUAUAAAAUGCUUGAAGGUGCUAAAAUCAAGAUUGAGGAUGCCAUAAUAAACAAAGAAUGCACCAUGGAUGAAACAGAAGCCGUGCUCCAGGAACUCUUAACCUCCAACGAUGUCAAUGUCACAUCUAAAGCCGCACACAGAUGA